AUGGAACGUGCGCUCUGGAAGAAAGAUGGCGGUUGCUUCAUUUGCCUCGAACGGCAUGCAAACGAGUCAAAAAGCUGUGGCAAGAGCUUCGUGUCGAAGCAAGCUUUGGAAGGCCACCGCAAGCGGACGGGGUGUGAGCCAUGGAAGCUCUCGAGCGACCGCGCGCCCUCCAAGUAUCGCGGCUUGGAGCCGGAAGCUGCUCGUCACUUGAAACGUCACAGCAACAGAGCGGCCGUGUCAAAGUAUCGAACGACCCUCGACGGGGAACGAGCCGUUCAUCGUGCGCGGCACAUAGCGAAGUACCGUAUUAUGGCUUGCAGCGCCGUGCCCGCUGCCCCGAUGCCCAAAGCACCGGUUUACGUUCGGCCGCCUAUCUCGUGGCUCAUUUUCGAUGCUGAGAUCUUUGGGCAGGACCUGAAGGAGAAGUUUGAUCGUGGCAAGAUUGUGCUGAGUCACGCGACGUGGUCCCUUCGGUUCCAUCCGGACAAGGUAGAGGGGAGGAGUGAGGAGCACCUUCGGCGAUUCGUUCAACAUUUCACGGGCUCUCCAAACGCCCUGGACCAAGAGCAAGCAAAGGCUUGCUACGCUACCGAAUUGUUUGCCCCGCUCAACGACGAGCGAUUCAAGCCCGGUCAAAUCGCUCAAAGAGAUGGUGGCAUGCUGUGGAGAGCGUGGUUGUCAGUCGAAUGUGCACUCAUCGACGAUUACUUGGAAUAUCUGCUGGAGUUUGAAGAGUACACAGCAAAGUUAAAGCAAGCGAGCCGAGAGCUAGAAGAGGCACGUGAGAGGUGGAUUCAUGAGAGGCUCGAGCAAAAGUUCAAGAACUCGAAGGCAUAUAAGAGAUGCAUGAACAAUCGAAGUACCGAGUAG